AUGGCAGGAGAUGGGACCGUCCAAAGAUGGGACCACACUCAAAUCAGCCUUCAGAAUUUCUCCUACCUGUGGACCAUCAGCAACUUCCAUUCUAUUGUGGAGGAAAGGCUAGGAAGCCUUAGAAGCCCAACUUUUUCAAUAGAGGCCAAUGACAAAUGGUGUUUGACAGUAAACCCGAACGGACUCGAUGAAGUAAGUGCAGAUUACCUGUCAGUUAAUCUAGUUUUGCUCAGCUGUCUAAAGAGUCAUGUUUGGGCAAAGUUCCAGUUCUGGAUCAUAAGUGACAAAGGAGAGAAAAAGCAAACCAGGAGGAGCCAAACAGCAUUUAGGUUUGUGCCAGGCCUUGGUUACGGAUUCAAAAAGUACAUUCUUCGAGAUUUCCUCCUGUCCCAUGCACCUCGUCUUCUCCCACAUGAUCAGCUCACCCUCCUGUGCAUGGUGAGCAUGGUCAAAGACUCCUUCAGCAUCUCUGACCAGAAAAGGAAGCCAGGGAUUCAAGUUCCAAGAUGCACAUUGGCAGAUGAGCUAGGAGAGCUGUGGGAUAAUUCGAGAUUCACAGAUUGCUGCCUGGUGGUAUCUGGCCAGGAAUUUCAGGCUCACAAGGCCAUCUUAGCAGCUCGCUCUCCAGUUUUCAGAGCCAUAUUUCAACAUGACAUGGAGGAGAGCAGAAAGAAUCGCGUUGAGAUCACCGACCUGGAGCCACAAGUCUUCAAGUCAAUGAUGGACUUCAUUUACACAGGAACAGCACCAGACCUGGACAGCAUGGCAGAUACUCUGCUGGCAGCUGCUGACAGGUAUGGCCUGGAACGUUUGAAGGUCAUGUGUGAGGAUGCCCUCUUCAGGGACCUCUCUGUGGAGAAUGCUGCCUACACUGUCUUCCUGGCUGACCUUCACAACUCAGGGCAGCUGAAAACCCAGGCACUGGAUUUCAUUACAGCUCAUGCUUCUGAGGUCUCUGAGACCUCAGGCUGGAAGGCAAUGGUGGGCUCAUAUCCCCAUCUAGUGGCUGAAGCACAACGUUAUCUGGCUUCUGGUCAUCUCCCUUUCCUGGAGCCCCUUUUCAAACGCUUGAAGCGAUCCUAG